AUGGUAGAGAAUGGUCAAGAUAUUCCUUUACCUGUAGUAGAUUUCGUGGUGGAUAUAGUUGAUAUUACAAAGGUGACCCAUAAUGGUCGUGUCUUUGGUCCAGUCUUUCUGAAGGAGGUAGAGGAUACUGCAACCGGUAAAAAGGUGGAUAUGCCAGUGGUAAAUCCAGUUAGUACUCCAGUGCGUCAGUCUGAGCUUUCUAAGGAAAGCAAAAAUCACAAUCUUGCACUCCAUAUUUUGAUGAACUUCAAGGAAGAUGCUUUGUCCAAUGUGUUGGUGGACACUGGUUCAUCUUUCCCAAAAUCAACUAUGUCCAGUCUUUCUUAUCAAGGUGCCCCUAUGAGGUACAUUGGCGUGAUUAUCAAAGUGUUUGAUGGUUCCUGUAAAACCGUCAUUGGUGAAGUGGACCUUCCGAUUAAGAUAGGUCUAAGUGAUUUCCAAAUUACUUUUCAAGUGAAGGAUAUCCACCUGGCAUAUAGCUGCUUAUUGGGAAGGUCGUGGAUUCAUGAAGCAGGAGCUAUGACAUCUACUCUACACUAG